AUGGCAGACCAGCAACAGCAGCAGCAGCAGAGGCAGCAACAUAACAGUGGCCAACACACCGCUUCCAAUAAUAACAAGAACAACAACGGCAACAACGGCAACAACGGCAAUAACAUGACAAUGAGCAGCGCUCUCUCUUCGAUUGCUCCUGCCAUCGCCAGUACGGCCUGUUGCUGGGGUCCCGCCAUGGCCAGUCUCUUGGGUGCCACAACGGCGUCGCCGUUGUUGUCCAGAAUAUCUCGAUACCGACCCUAUCUGCUGGGGGUGUCGGCCACCAUGAUCAGCUACAGUUUUUACAAUGUCUAUGGCAAACCCUCGAGACAAGAACAUCAUACUGCAUUAUUAUGCUGCAGUGAUGAUGAUGAUGAUGAUUAUGACAAGCAAAAAGAACUUCAUCGUCGACAAUUGCAACAAAAUCGAGUCAUUGUCUGGGCUAGUUUGGCAGUUGCGUUAGCCGGAGCUAGUUAUGGGCGUGUCUCCCUAUUACCGUCAUCCAUCAUUAUGAGGAAUAAUAAUAGUAGUAGAGGAGGAUGGCGUAGUAGGACUACCGGUAGUGCGAUGAUCAAUGCAGCCAACAACGCCAGUAUGAACAAACUCGUGACGACGACGACAAUUCCCAUCCAGGGUAUGCACUGUCAGGGAUGUGCCAACAAGGUUCGAACGGCCAUUCAAAAUGAAAUGUUCUUGCACGAUAAAACCAACAACAACAACAACAAUAUUGAUGUCUCAAUCGAUCUGGAGCAAGGACUUGCUACUAUCAUUCAAGUACCUCCAUUGCAAGAGGAUGAUACUGAUACUGAUACUGAUUCUGUCGCAAUGAAUGAGACUGCCAUCCAAAAUGCGAUUGAAAAACUGGGAUAUUCUGUCGGUAAUUCGACAACAAAAUAA